AUGAUCAUCCCUAGCCUCGACGUUGUUUACCCAAUCCACAUGAAUCAUGUGCCGCCAGGAUGGAGACCUCUCGUGAAUCUCAUAUGUGUCCAUGACUUGGGCGGGUCCCCCAAGUCAAGCUGGCACCAUGAUGAAUCUGGCAAAACCUGGAUCUCAGACCCCGACUUUCUCGGGAGUUUCAAGGAUUCAGUCCGGGUUUGGACCUAUGGAUACAACUCGGACCCGGCGGCAAACAUGACGCCUGCAAGCAUCGCGCUCCAUGCCGACGAGCUCUUGAUAUCGAUGAUAUCCAACUACGGCAAAUAUCCUGGCGGCUCUACUGUUUUCAUUGCCCAUGGGCUUGGAGGGAUCAUUGUCAAAAAGGCAAUUGAGCUAUCGUCCAACUACGUAGAAUACUUCGCUAUCAAAGGGUCCACUGUCGGCGUCGUCUUUCUCGAUACAGUUCACCAUGCAACAGACUCCGAGGGAGUCCUGGAAGCUGUCAAAUCAACAGUGGCAGCGACUCUGCUCAAGCACUCCACAAGACCGUCCGUUGACGAUGUCAGACAAUUUGCGGAAGCUGUUCGAGAAGUCAACAAGACCUUUCUCACACAGGCGCCAUUAGACUUGACAAUUCUCAACUUCAUUGCCAUGCGUCGAAUUGAAAUCACGUCUGCAGAUGGUACAACCUACAAGACUUUGCUUGUGCCCAAACGACGGGCCGAUAUGGAUCCAACACAGGGCCAGAACUUGCCGGUAGCUUGCCAUCACUUUCAGUUAACGCAGUUCCCAUCCCCUUCAGAUAAGAUAUACAGCCUAUUGGCAGAUCAGGUUGGCGAUAUGAUGACAAAGCUAUCGUCUUCAACCAACAAACGAGUGUUCUUCGCGCCGCCACCCCCUUUGGCACCCACGACAGCUAAUCCCCCGCCACCUUCACCACCUCCUGGUCCUCCUGGGCCUCCAGGCCCGCCGGGCCCGCCAGUGUCUCUGCCGCCGCCACCACGGAGUGGGAUCCCCAUGGGUCCACCACCGCGAGAUCAGGCCAACGAGGCAUUCAGUUUGUGGGCCAAGAAGAAAGAAGCUGCCGACAAAAAAAGGCACCGAGAUAUCCUUGUUAACAAACUCGGCCAAUGGGACGAGCAUCAUCUCGGACACGAUAUACAUCCGACACCAGAUACUUGUACCUGGAUACAGUCCCACGACUUCUUCAAAAGCUGGGUCAAGUCCAACAAGACCGCGGGUCUUUUUGUCCAGGGCGCCACGGGAUGCGGUAAAACUCAUCUGGCCAAGUCCAUCGCCAACUACCUGUCCUGGGACCGGCCUCGAUCUCCCCCAGACAACAAUAUAGUGCUCUCGUUCUUUUGCAACGUCAGCACUGUUGGGAACAAGAAGCCACCGAUCGCCCAGUAUUUCGUCCGAUCGCUUCUUCAACUACGGCCAGUCUGGUCUGAGUCUAUAGCGCCUUACUAUCGAUGGCAGGAGCUGAAGAGCCGCUUCGAGCUGCCCGCACUGUUUGACAUCCUACGCGACAUCAUGAGCCAGAUGCAAUAUAGUACGGGCCCGCCAAAGACGACGGCUGUUUUUCUCAUCGUGGAUGGUCUGGAUGACUGUGAUGUUACCUAUGCCCGGGAAUUCCUCUGCCUCGUGGGAAGUCUCCUUGACCACCCGGUGGCUCGCUCAUCCCCAGCUGCCGGCCCUUCUCUUCCAGGACAAGGAUAUCCGCGCGAAACUGUCAGGUUCAAGUUCUUAUUGACGUAUAGCGCUUGCGAGAUACUGAAUCUGAACUCCUGCGUACCCAAUUCCGCUAGGAUUCUGAUGACUGAUUCUGCAAUCCGCAAAGAUAUCGGUACUUACGUGGACAGGGAGUUGGACAUCCUGUCUACGCUUCGGGAUCUGAACGGGCCGCCAGAAGGGAUUCGAUCUUGGAUCAAGAAUAAGUCGGAGUCGUUCUUUUGGUUCGCAAAGUAUUCCAUCGAAGACGCAAUGAGUACGGUCGAAGAUGGCGAGGGGUAUUCCUUCAGCGGGAGGGUACUUCCGUGCCCUUCUAGCCUGGGGAAAUACUACGACAGAGAUCUCCUACCAUUGUUCCAGACCAUCGACGAAGGUGGGAAACAUGCUCUGUCAGCUGUGCAAAUCGUACUGGGCUAUCUCGGUAUACCCACCAGAGCCGAAAUAUGCGAUGCAAUCGCCUGUCUUCGCGGAGACCCCAACUUGAGAUUCCUCGACCUCCCCAACUUCUUGAGACAACGGUGCCCCAGGCUCAUUCAUUCUUCGGAUGAAGGGGAUUGCAGAAUCAGUCAUCCUUCUCUGAUUUACCACGUCAGACGUUACUACCUCAGCGAGAAAGAGCAGCACGCAAACAUGGCAUUCCUGUGUAUAAAGUACCUCUCCAAAUCUGACUUUGGAAGCUUCAAAUCGAUCAUGUCUCUCAACACCUCAGCGCGUCACCCGUUCUAUUCAUAUGCGGCAAACAACUGGAGAGAACAUCUCCGUCGUGCGGGCGACAAGAUGGUCAGACUGCUCCCUCUGCUGGGCGAUUUCGUCAACUCUGCGAACUACAGAACCUGGUCAGCGCAUUACUCCUGGAACAUUGAAUUUACACAUCAUCGGAUGGUGAUAGAUGAAACCUUCCUCUCUCCCGUGUUCACAUUCAUUGAUGCUAAUAUUGGCCAUCUGACCCACGAAAUUCAGUGGGCAGGGAGGGGAGAGGCGUGGUCUUGGAAGAAUGAGCUUCUCAGACAGACAUGGCGGUACUUGUACGAGCGUAAACAAACCCCCGGAAUCGCCAGGCUCAUUGAAUAUUGGAGGCCCGACUCUUGUUUCUCGGUACACAACUUCUUCGGCCAUACUCCUCUGAUGCAUGCAGCAGGCUCAGCAGAGGGACAACUCGACAUGGUCGAAUACUUCCUGAAGCGGACCAAAGACGUCAACGAGCGAGGCUCGGUGAGGGGCGAUACCGCUUUGAUGACAUUAUGCACGCAACUGAGAACGCGCGAUGAAGACCUGAUGGCACGAUUGGUCACAUCACUCCUUGAUGCCGGGGCUGAUCCAAAUAUCUCGGAUAAAUGGGGCGAAACGCCUUUAGUCAACCCUUGCAGUGUAGGAGAUGCUGCCAUGGUCGAGCUGCUCCUCCGAGCGGGAGCCAGGCCUGACAUGUUGAGCAUACACAGGCCAAUCAUGCAUCCCCUCCGCGAAGCAAUCAUGCAGCAUCACAAUGAGGUCGCCAGACUCUUGAUCGACUACGGUGUCGAUCUGAGCUUGCAUUUCCCGUGGCCAAACCUUCAGUUGCCCUUAACAGCUGCCAUCACCGAACAAAACUUCGACAUCUUCAUGCUCCUCUUGGACAGAGUUGAAGAUAUCAAUCAGCUAGAUGGCAUGGGAUACGCUGCGAUUCACCUGUUGACAGGCCCGCUGUGCAACAAUUGGCUACCGCAUCUUCUGAGACGACCUGAUGUCGACCUAGAGCUUCUCUCCAACGGUAUUUCAGGCGAUCGAAAGAAUGUGGAGGAAAGCGAGGUUGAUAUCAGCACGGGCAACACCGACAUAGUCGAGCUGCUCCUCGCCUAUCAAUCGCCCAUCAACACGUUGAAUUGGAAGUCGAAGAAGUAUGCCAAGUCCCCGUUAAUGGUGGCUGUAGACUACAAGGACCAAAACAUGGUAGAACUCCUCCUGCGGCACGGAGCGGACCCGACCCUAGAGGAGGCCUACGGAAUGCCAGGCCCCCUCGACGCCGCCAUGCUUGACGACGAAGACAUUGCUAUGGGUAUGAUCAAAGCUUUACUCGAGAACCCUUUGCCACCAAGCAUCAAUUACGUCCCGGACAACCCAGACUUCCAGCAUAUCCUCAUCGAGGCGAGCGAUAUGAAGCCGGAGGUCACGCGGUUGCUUCUCGCCCACGGUGCUGACACGAAACGUUUCUUGUCCUACAUCCCCAGGUGCUUCACCACUCCCCUCCAUCGGGCUGUGGAAGAAAACAACAUUGAGACUGCCAAAGUUCUUAUCGAACACGAGCCAGCCCUGGUAACCUACCAGUGCGAAGAAGGACUAGUCUACGAGACGCCUCUCCACAUCGCUGCCAGAGACGGACACAUUGAGAUUCUGCGAUGUCUCCUCGAUGCGGGUGCUCAAUCCAACCUGGCCUCAUGCCAUUGGCAGGAAACACCGCUUUGGUUAGCCUGCGAAUCAGGAAGGCUAGAAAUUGCGCAAUUGCUCUACGAAAUGUCGCCAGAGGCACUGGAACUCCCCUCUUACGACGGCAAAACUCCGCUUAUGGUAGCCUGCGAAGAUGGGAACCUCCAACUGGUCCAGUUUCUUCUGAAAAAAGGCGCCGAUAUCACAGCACGAUGCUCAAUGGGAGCAUCAUGUGUCUGUAGCACAGUUUCCGAGGACAACGGCGCGGCUUACAAGAUCAUUGAUCUGUUGCUUCAGCACGGUCUCGGCAUUGAUGAUGUCGUCAGCUCAACCGGCUUCACGGUACUCGGAGAGGCUUGCAGGGCCGGAGAUAUCCCGACUGUCCGGCUUUUGCUCGACAAGGGCGCGGAUCCGGCAAAGGGGCAGAAGUGGCCCGGAGACACUUCCACUACAUGGAGGUCGGCGCUGCGGGUCGCCUCCUUGUACGAGUGUGUCAAGGUGGUUGAGGUGCUGCUCGAACAUCCUCAGCUAGCGUCCUUUAUCGAGAACGUUGACUAUUACGGCGACAAUGUGCUGCAUAUUGACGGAUCAUAUCACCAUCAACAAGCUUCCGAAAUGGCCACGCUAGUGUACUCUGCGUGCGAGAAGUUGAAAGCCGAGACUGGCGUCGACCAUUUUCAACGGAUGCUUGAUGUUAAGGACAGCGAUAUGCAUACGCCUCUGGACAUGGCGAUCGAUAUGCCGCACAAGGGUCUGAGCAGCGAGGCGAUAAAAGUCAUUGACGUUUACUUGAAGCGCUACAUCGCGGAACUGACAGCCGUCGAAACUCGGACAUUUGCCCAGCAUAAGCAUCUCAUGCGAGACAUCGCCAUCAUUCUCCUCGAGAGACGGGAAUAUGACGAGGAAGCCAUUCGAUUGUUCCAGGCUUUGAUAGUCGAUGUAUGGGUCACAAGAGAGGACGGACAGUGCCUCGAGACGGUGUUCUGCAUGGCCAACUGCGAUCUCUGCGACGAAGACGAGCAGGAACAAGUUUCGUUUUGCCGGCUUUGCGGUCUCAGGGUUGGCAUGAAGUGCGUCGACGAGGCGAGGCUACAGCACGAGUUGGUUGAUGUCCCCGUCAUCAAAGACCGCAGCAUUAUUGACCUCAACUCUGAGCCAGUUAAUCAGAUCAUGGACCUGUUGGAGAACGAUUUUAUCGUCGCAGAUUGUCCUCGCCCAGUAGAGGAAGCUCUCAUCUCGCAUUUCCAAGUCGAUCCAGGCUCGGAAGACACAACUCUUUCGCUCGCUGUACUCCAUGCUUUCGGGUACCUGGAAUUCCGACGUCGGGCUUGGAGUCCUUACCUGCCCCUAGCCCCUGCGGUCUACAAGCGGAUACAGCCUUGGGAGCCAUUGUUCACAAAACCGAGGCGAGACUUUGAAGAAUGGGUUUGGGAUAUCGAGACGUCGCCCUACAGGUUGCGGGACGAGCUGAAUUACUUGCUUGAGUCAGGCAGAAGAGUGGCGUAUAAAGACGAGCAGGCGACGAGGCUGGAGCAGAUUCUCAGUGACGUUGGGUGGUUGUACCCGCAACGAGAGGUUUAUGAUGAUGAUGAUUCGGGUGUUGUGAUUGAUGAAUAUUCCUGUAGCGCCGAGGAAAUGUUGGGGAGAAAAAGAAGAUGA